UUAUUGUGGGGUAAAGAAGGGUAGGGUUUUGUCUGAUCCAUAUUCCGGAGCAGAAGGUGGCGGUAACGCACCUACAAGGAUGCCAACCGCCGUAAAACAACAAAAGAAGAAGAAGAGGAGUCUGAGCGACAAGCUGCCGUCUGUCAGGUUGUGCGGCUGAAAGCGUUUAAAGAACAAACUGAGAGAUGUGUGGCAUCUGGGCUUUGUUUGGCAGUGAUGGGUGUCUGUCGGUGCAGAGCUCCUGUGCCAUGAAGAUCGCUCACAGGGGCCCCGACGCCUUCCGCUUUGAGAACGUCAAUGGCUUCACCAACUGCUGUUUCGGCUUCCACCGGCUGGCCAUCGUGGACCAGCUGUAUGGUAUGCAGCCCCUACGCAUCAAGAAGUUCCCUUUCUUGUGGCUCUGCUACAACGGAGAGAUUUAUAACCACCACACGCUCAGAAAGAAGUUUGACUUUGAUAACCAGACUGAAAUGGAUGGUGAGAUUUUGCUCCACCUGUACGACCGCUUCGGCAUCCAGAAGAUGGCCUCCCUCCUGGAUGGCGUCUUUGCUUUCAUUUUGCUGGACACUGCCAACAGAAAAGUCUUUCUGGGGCGAGACACGUACGGCGUCCGGCCUUUGUUCAAAUUCUUCACGGAGGACGGGUUUCUUGCAGUGUGCUCCGAAGCCAAAGGCCUUACGGGCAUCACCCAUGCAACAAAGUCCCCCGCCAAAAUAGUGCCCUUCCUCCCCGGGCACUUUGAGGCCUUCGAUCUGAAGCAGACUGGAAAGGUUCAGUCGAUCCAGAUGGAGCCGUUUCACUGCUGCACCAAAGAGCCCGCCCAUGCCGCCUACAACGCCGUGAAGAUGCUGCCUGCAAGUGGAGAGGACGAGGCAGUGAGGAGCAACAUCAGAGCCCUGUUUGAGAACGCCGUGAGGAAACGUCUCAUGGCUCAAAGGAGAAUCGGCUGUCUUCUGUCAGGUGGGCUGGACUCCAGCUUGGUUGCUGCUACGCUGGUGAAGCUGGCCAAGGAGGAGAAUCUUCCGUAUUCCAUCCAGACAUUUGCCAUCGGGUCAGAGGACAGUCCAGACGUCUUGGCUGCUCGUAAGGUUGCAGACCACAUCGGCAGCGAACACCACGAGGUGAACUUUACUGCUGAAGAAGGCAUCCAAGCUGUGGAGGAAGUCAUCUAUCACCUGGAGACCUAUGACAUCACCACCAUACGCGCCUCUGUCGGGAUGUACUUGAUCUCAAAGUACAUCAAGAAGAAUUCCGACAGCGUGGUGAUCUUCUCUGGAGAGGGUUCUGAUGAGCUGACUCAGGGAUACCUCUACUUCCACAAGGCUCCGACUCCCAAAGCCGCCGCUGAGGACAGUGUCCGACUGCUGAAGGAGCUCUACCUGUUCGAUGGCCUCCGGGCCGACCGCACCACUGCAGCACACGGUCUGGAGCUCCGAGUGCCAUUCCUGGACCACAGAUUCACGGCCUACUACCUCUCCCUGCCCGAGGAGAUGAGGACCCCCAAGAACGGCGUGGAGAAGCAUCUCCUCAGAGACUCCUUCAAAAACCUCAACUUGAUCCCGGAUGAGAUCCUGUGGAGGCGCAAAGAGGCCUUCAGCGAUGGGAUGAUGUCUGUGAAGAAGUCGUGGUACGUGUGCCUGCAGGAGCACCUGGAGUCCAUGGUGAACGAUGACCAGAUGGCAAAGGCUCACAAGACCUUCCCUCACAACCCGCCACGCUCCAAAGAGGCCUACUACUUCCGACAGGUGUUUGAGAAGCACUACCCGGGUGAAGCCAAGUGGCUGUCCCACUACUGGAUGCCCCGCUGGACGGAAACCAACGACCCGUCGGCCCGCACCUUGGCCUUCUACACGCCCGACAAGGACCAGUGAUCCGUCUGUGUUUGUGUUCUAUUGGCGUUCUGCAUGUUUGGUUGUGUGCGAUCCCCCAGUAGGACGCUGUUUGUGAGGCACUGGAAUGAAAUUAAAAAUAAUAUACAACCUUGA